AUGUUCCUGCUGGCCACUGCCUCGGACCUGCCAGAGGCCGAGCACAGCCAGGCCCGCGCCCUGCUGCGGGCUGCGCACCUGCAAGGAGCACACGUGAACUUUCUGUUCCCCCGCAAAGCGGACCAGGUACUGCAAAGGGCUUACACGCACCUCUGCCAGGAACUGGCCGCGCACUGCCGAGAAUCCGACGCCUUCCGGCCCAGCCUUCUUUUCUGCUCUUCGGAUUGCUCUCACUGGAGCAUUUCGAAGUUCCGCGUUUCUUGCCUCAUCACUACAAGGCCAACUGUUCCGCGCUGGGCCAUGACGACAUCGCCUUGCAUAGCUUUCAGCAGUUUUUGCCCAGCACCUUCCACCCGGUACGCAUGCCUACCUGGUGACGGCGCCGGUCUCUUCAGCUCCGCAGACCACGCCGCCAACAACAUCUCCACGAAAGCACAGCCCCUGGCAAAGCUCGCCCAAGACAGACAUGAGCAAGCUAAGGAAGGCGCCCCCCUUUCGGACUACCGCGGCACCGUGCUAGCCGAGUUAAGUUCUUGGCUGCCCCGUCAUGCCCAAUUACUGGAAGUGGGAUCCCUUAAGAUAGGCUCUAAGCAAGACGUGCCCCGCGUACCACCGUCGCAUAAGCACCAGUGGGUUAGACUAGCGGAUCCUACGCGCCAAGAGAUCCACCUCCGCACAGAAAGCAAGUUUGUCCUGCAAUGGUUGAGCCUAUGCUUCGCUCACGAACAGCCCAGAUCCCUUAGGGCAGCUCCGCGUAUGCACUGCCUGAGUGCGGCGGACGCGUUCGCUGACAAGGACCGCAUGGGCAUUGGCGGCUGGCUCAGCACCGCCCAGCACUUCAUUUGGUAUAGCGAGAUUUUCACCGCAGACCAGGUCCGCGCCGAAUGGCCCCAGCUUACCGGCAGCCUGCAACCCUACAUUGGUUGCUUCGAAACCCUUACACAGCUGGCCUUGGCGCAAUGCUCCUGGCAACUGCUCCGCGCCAGACACGUCCGCUUCGUGCUGCCCAGCGCCAGCGACAAUACUAGCGCCGAAGCCGGUCUGAAUAAACUGUUUAGCACGGCAGAGCCGCUGGGCACCUUUCUUCGCCUGGCCGCCACGUGGGCGCACCUGCACCGCGUGCAGUUUGACGUGGAGCACCUUGCAGGUGAGAAGAACACCUGGGCCGACGCCCUCAGCAGAGGUCGCAUUGCCUUUAUGACUUUAUGCGGCACCGCAGUGCCGAGCGCACGCGUGUCUCGCUGA